GGGCUCCUUUUACGAGGUGAUGCAGGUGGAGUUUGAGAUGGACAACAUCAUCAACCUCCAGUCUACCCAGACCAUCCAGUGGCAGAUCGAGUAUCCCUCCACAGGCACACAGGCAGAGGCCGUCUCCCACCUCUACAUCAGCCAGAGAGACAUCCAGGGCAUCGUACCCCUGGCCGAGGACACAGAGAUCGUGAACACGGCCAUCCUAACAGGCAGGCGUGUUGCAGUACCGGUGAAGGUGGUCACUGUGGAGUGGGACGGUACUGUGAGGGAGGUGGACGAUACGGUCGGCUGUACGUCCACUGACGAGGACGUGGUCAAGGUGUCUCCUGGCUGUGAUACAGUGCUUGUGAACGGGAAGGAGAUGCGGGGUAGACAGUCUCUGAUGGUCAACUUCACCUACCUGUACCUGAGCACCCAGCUGGAGCUGACUGUGUGGGUGCCUCGUCUGCCCCUGCAGAUGGAUGUGUCUGACACGGAACUCAGCCAGGUCAAGGGAUGGAGGGUGCCCAUCUUUUCCAACAAGAGGCCCACCCGCGACAGUGAGGAUGACGAGGAUGAUGAGAGGAAGGGCAAAGGCUGCACGCUACAGUACCAGUAUGCCCUGGUGAGGGUACUCACCCACUUUGUGGCGGAGCCAGCAGCCCCUGGCGGGGAGCUGGUAUACAUGCUGGGGGUGGACUGGCAGGCAGACAUCACAGACCUGGUUCUGGACUACCUGAAGGUGGAAGACCCACGCAUUGCCCGGCUGCUGGAGGGACGCGUCCUGAUGGGCAAGGACCUGGGCAUCACCACCAUCCAGGUCCUGUCCCCUUUGUCCGACUCUAUCCUGGCAGAGAAGACCUUGACGGUGAAGGACGACAAGGUGACCAUCACAGACCUGGGGGUCCAGCUGGUAGCGUCUAUAACCAUGACCAUGCAGUCAGGGAGCAACCAGGCCAUCGCUCUGACCACUACCGCCCAGGACCUGCUGCACAGCCCCAAACAGGAAGCUGUCAUCAGUGCCUGGAUCCAGUACAGUGACGGCUCUGUCACUCCCCUCGACAUCUACGACCCCAGAGACUUCACGCUGAGCGCCACCUCCUUGGAUGAGGCGGUGGUGUCCACCUAUCAGGAGCAGCCACUGCGCUGGCCCGUGGUGGUGGCCGAGGGUGAGGGCCAGGGACCGCUGGUCCGAGUGGAGAUGGUCAUCUCCGAGACCUGCCAGAAGUCUAAGAGGAAGAGUGUCCUGGGUAUGGGCGUGGGCAGCGUCAGGGUCAAGUUUGGCCAGAACGACGUGGAGCUGAGGGGCCAGAACGAGGAAGAGGGCGGGCUGGAUAACAGCACCAGAGACCAGAGACAGAAGGGCCUGGAGGGUGACAAGGCUGGAUCGGACGGCUGGAAGCACACCAACGCUGCUUCAGACCGUGAGGAGGGCGCCAUGAGGAAGACUAGCACCACCACUAAGACCGCUGUCACCCACCGCGCUGGAGGCAACAAGCACGGCAGUGGGGGCAACAACCGGGGGACAGGGGGCCAGAACGCCCCUGUGGACUACACCAGCUUCCCUGCCCAGGUGGACGUACCGGGGGGCGCGGAGAGCGACCUGUCUCAGACCCCCCGGGGCUUAUCCGACCUGGAGAUCGGCAUGUACGCCCUGCUGGGGGUCUUCUGCCUGGCCAUCCUGGUGUUCCUCAUCAACUGUGUGAGCUUUGCCUUCCGCUACCGUCACAAGCAGCUGCCCGCGCUGGAGCAAGGCAACAUGAACCACGCCCACGACUGGGUGUGGCUGGGCAACGAGGCCGACCUGCUGGAACACCACAGUGACCAGCGCCAGUCGCCGCACCAGGACGAGUGCACCACCAUCAUUGAUCGGAGUGAGGGCUACGAGGAGAGCAAGUAUCUGCUCAACGGAGGGGGUAAUGUGGAGGUGCAGAGGACCUCCACCCACGGCCAGACCCUCCCCCGCUCCCUCUCGGAGCCCCGGCAGUGCGCCGGCAAGGACCCGGUGGGCAAGACCGAGCCUCUCAACAACUCCCCCAGCGCUGCCAAGCGCAAGCGAGUUAAGUUCACCUCCUUCGCCACAGUGCUGCCUGACGAUGGGGGGCCCUACACUAACUCCAUCCUCAUUGGCAACGAGGACAAUAUCAAGUGGGUGUGCCAGGACAUGGACCUGGGUCCAUCGGCAGAGAUCAGAACCUACAUGGAGAGGCUACAAGACAAUCUGUGAGAGAGAGAGAGAG